CUGUCUGUUGUAGAGUAGGAUAUUGCUCAACAUGCAGCAGAAGCUAAACGCGGUUAGCACAUUUAGUCUCAGGGAUUAGAAUGUAUAGUACUACACAGUAUUGGUAACUGCCUCCAACGUUUUCUGUUGGCUCAACAAUAAUAUAGGACUUAAUUUUGAAACGGAGUUAAAUGAAACGACAUUUGACGAAGACUAUUGGUCUCGUAAUCUCUCCGAGCUGUCACUGAACGUCUCUCCACACGCCCAAGAUGAGACGGAGCGAGAGCGGCCAGUGGAGGAACUCGCGCAGCUCUUCACACACGACACCGGCUGAACAAGGAGGGCAGAACGCUUAGGCAUACGCCGUACCAACUGACCGCCAUGGCGAAGAUCGCCGUGCCCGAUUUCCUCUUUUGGCUCGUCUGCGGCCUUUCCUGUGCUCUCGCUGGAAAAGUCAACAAGCACAAACCGUGGAUUGAAGCUUCUUACCAUGGCGUGAUCACAGAAAACACGGAGACUGUGUUGCUGGACCCUCCGCUUGUUGCUCUUGACAAGGAUGUGGCGAUCCCCUAUGCAGGAGAAAUUUGUGCCUUUAAGAUUUCUGGCCAGGACGUUCCGUUCGAGGCGGUGGUGUUGAAUCGCAGCUCAGGAGAAGGCCUACUGAGAGCCAGGGGUCCUGUGGACUGCGAGAACCAGAAGGAAUACACAUUCAUGAUCCAAGCCUACGACUGCGGAGCCGGACCCGGUGGGGCCGACUGGAAGAAAUCCCACAAAGCUGUGGUUCAUAUUCAGGUGGAUGACGUCAAUGAGUUUUGCCCCGUGUUUCGGGAGCCUCUAUACAAGGCUUCAGUCAUUGAAGGCAAGAUCUAUGACAGCAUUUUGCAGGUGGAGGCUUGGGACCAGGACUGUUCGCCACAGUACAGUCAGAUCUGCAACUAUGACAUUGUCACUGCUGGCACCCCAUUUGCCAUAGACCGCAACGGUAAUAUUCGAAACACGGAACGACUGAGCUAUGACAGGCAGCAGAGCUACAAGAUUCUGGUGACAGCCUUUGACUGUGGUCAGAAGACAGCCAAGGAGCAUGUGGCUGUGCAUAUUGAUGUCAAGCCAGUCUGCAAAGCUGGAUGGCAAGGCUGGAACAAGCGGGUGGACUAUGAGCCUGGCACUGGCAGCAAGCCUCUCUUUCCAAAGUUGCACUUGGAAACAUGCGGAGGACCCUUGUCCGGUAUCAAGGUGGUGCUGGAGCUGCAGACAAGUCACAUCGGGAAGGGCUGCGACCGGGAAACCUACUCCGAGAAGUCUCUGCAAAAACUCUGCGGAGCGGCAUCGGGCAGUACAGACCUUCUUCCCGCCCCGAGUCCAUCCACCAACUGGACAGCGUCUCUGGUGACCGACAGUGGCCGUGACAGCGACCUCAUCUACCGAUUUGACGGACAACAGGCAGCCAAUGUUCCCGAUCAUGUGGUGCCCCAAAACCUGACGGAUCAGUUCACCAUUGCGACGUGGAUGAAACAUGGCCCCAGUCCAGGACUCCGAGCUGAGAAAGAAACUUUACUGUGCAACUCUGACAAAACUGAAAUGAACCGCCACCAUUAUUCUCUGUACAUUCACAACUGCCGGCUGGUCUUCCUGCUUAGAAGAGAUUUCAGCCAGCUAGACACUUUCAGACCUGCUGAAUUCCACUGGAAGCUGGAGCAGAUCUGUGACAAAGAGUGGCACUAUUAUGUGAUCAAUGUGGAGUUUCCCGCUGUGACUCUCUUUGUGGAUGGAGUGACCUAUGAACCCUACCUGGUGACAGAUGACUGGCCAAUCCAUGCAUCAAAGAUCGAUACGCAGCUCACAGUGGGCGCCUGCUGGCAAGGUGGCGAGGUAGCGACUCCGAGGUUCACCCAGUAUUUCCAUGGCAGCUUGUCGGGCCUGACAAUCCGCCCGGGUCGCAUUGAAACCCAGAAGGUUAUCUCCUGUUUGCAGGCCUGCAAAGAAGGACUCGAUAUUAACUCCCUUGAAAGCCUGGCAAAGGACAUCAAGUUCCAUUUUAACCCUGCGCAGUCGAUGCUGGUCGUGGAAGGAGAGGAUCUGGACAGCGUCAACACAGCCAUGACCAAGGUGUCCUACAUCAACUCACGCCAGUUUCCAACGCCGGGCUUGCGACAGCUCCACAUCAGCACCACUGUAUCGUGUUUCGGCGAGGACGCGUGUCUGUCCGUCCCAGACAUCAAGGCCGUCGUCGUGGUGCAGCCGCCCAGUGAACCGAGAAUCACCAUUACGGGAUCCGAUCGACUCGUCAGAGCCGCCGUUGAGCUUGGCGCUUCGCCGGGCAUGGCACCCUUCAAAGAGCUUUACAUCACCAGCACAGUCAUGAAGGGAGACGGCUUUGGUGGAUCCCACAGGCCAGCUGUUAUGGAGGUGAUGCAUAACUUGGACUACUGUGAUAUUCUGGUGAUCGGGAACGAGCUGAAUCCCCAAAGCGAGAGCCUGCAGAUUCCUCACAGUGCUCUGCUGGGAAAACACCUGGACGCCACCAACUCCACCUCGGGAAUGUCAAUAUAUGGUGUGGACUCCAUGGCCCACUAUGAGCAGGCACUUCGUCAGGUGAGCUACAGGAACUGGCGACCUGCCACCCUGACUGAAAGACGGUUCCGACUCACCUGCUCGGAACUUAACGGCCGUUACACCAGCAAUGAAUUCAUCUUGGAGGUCAGUGUUAUUCACCACGCAAAAUCGGCGGAGCGUGUCAUGGCUGCUCAGGCGCAGUACAUGAGACCCCUUCAUCAGCCACUCAUGAUACAUGCGCCUCACUCCCACAUGUCAGGACCAGCACCUUCAGCAGCCACAGUCGUGAUUGUGGUGUGCAUCGCCGCCCUGGUGGUGAUCGUGGUGAUCGGCGUGUACAGAAUCCACACGACUCAUCAAGAGGGCUGCAAACAGGAAGAGGAUGGAGCCAGAGAGCCUGAGCUGGACUGGGAGAAGUCUGCGCUCAACAUCACGGUCAACCCCAUGGAGAACGUGGGAGGCGCUCAAGCACUCAGCGAAGAAGCGAGUGGCGAGUUGUGUCGGGAGGAAGAAGAGGAUGAAGAACACGUGGGAGGAAUGGCAAGUGCAGAGUCGGAUAACAGCGAUGACGACGAUGAGGAGGAGGAGGAAGAUGAGGGGGAGAUAGAAACGGCAAAGGAGAAGAAACUCAAGUGGCGCACUUCCUCCACAACUUACUGAGCGCACACAUACAAGCAACAUAUUUCUGCACAUAUACUGGACACAUCACUCUCUCUCUCUCUUUCUCUCUCUCUCUCACAUACACACCCCUCCCUCCCAACACACAGAGGGGCCCCUGCUGUUAUUUCCUUGCAAACGUUCCCCCCUGCUGGACAGAGUUUGAACUGCAGUCUAACUGGUGAUGAAGGAACUCUACGCAGUCUUGGGUUGUUACCAUGGCACUGGCAGGGUUCCGCUUCCACAGUCAUGAACAAGCAUGGCGUUAGAGUAUAUAGUUGGGGCCCUAGUUGUCACACACUACUCAAAAAAAAGCUGGGAAUAUCCGGUGAAAUUUCAGGAUCAACCAAAAAUGUGCCGCAACCUUGACAGUGUUAACUUUCUAUAAACUUUUAUCAUGGGUGUACGAUCCACGAAAAUGCCCAAGUAGGUCCACUUCUAUGCCUUGGUGUGAGACUCUUCUAGUGUCAGUAGCUGGUUACAGCUGAGAGACUGGAAGAGUCACAGAAAGGCAAAGAAGUGGAUGUCCUUGUGAAUUUUGCCAUUCAGCUUCUUGUUGAAGAACAGCAAGUCCUGCAAAAAGGGGCAGAGACAUUAAACGGCAUGACAUCUUCAUUAAUAGGUCAAAUGUAAAGGUUAGAGGGCAGUUGUUCACUUUACACCAAGUACCGCCUAACACAAAAACUUGUGCUCUCCAAGCAUCACUAUCAUGACCAACAGUAAAAUACAGUAACAUCGAGUUCAUCAAAAACUGUUUUUUUUUUGUCCUAAAACAAUAUUACAAUAUUAAUAUUAUUGUAAGCCUCGGUCAAAUUAAGCGCAGUUUAAAUGUCAACACUGCACUCGGAUAUCGGGAAAAACUGACUCAAUGAUUCUAUGAAAAGCUGUUGUACAUAAAAGUGAAAAAUAACUGAAGUGCACUUGGGCAGUGGGUUUUAUUUAUUUAUUUAGUUAGUUAGUUAUUUUACGCAGACCAAAAAAAGGGGAAUCACACACUUUGAGAAUUACACUCGUGGUUAACAGCAAAAAUGGCGAUGUGUCCCUAAAAGUAUUUUUCACGCCUAUUUUAAAAAUGUCUUUACGUUUGUUUUUCCAGCACAGCAGGUUUUUAUGAGAUUUUCAUUCUUUGGGCAAUACGCAUUUGACUAUGUGUUUCAAUUUACAGCUAUAAUGUUUCUGAAAAAAAAAAUCGGGAAAGGCUGAUUAAAAAUAGUUUUCCUGUUAGGUUCAUCCUGUAAUUUCACCACAAAACCAAAUAUCCCGAAUUUAUUGUGGGUAGUGAAUUUUUGAAAUGCAUUUUUUUUCCAGAUGACUUCAGUAGCGUUUUCAAGAUUGCUAAUGAAAGAGAACCACUUCUCCGUAUGUAAUUGCACACAUUGUAGAGAAGCAGUCUUGUUUGAGUUGGUCUUUGCACCGCUUUAUUCUCCUUCAACGUGACACCAGAGACGGGAAGUAACAAAACUUUGGCUUUUAGAGUAGUUUGUAAAACACUUGUCAGUUAGUGCGUGUCUUGUUUUCAUCUUCAGCUCAAACGUGGCACCCUUUGUCCACUUACUGUAUCUCAGAAACAUCCCAGUGCAUGACCGCUACUAAAGAGAAACCUACUUUUCGUGAUUGUAAAACCUUGGGACUAGACGGACAUGACGACUACAGUGGUGCCUCGAGAUAUGAGUCUGAUUCGGUCCCUGACCAUGCCUGUCAUUCAAAACGCUCAUCUCAAAUCAUCUUUGCCCAUUGAAAUGAAUGAAAAUGGCAUUCAUCCAUUCCAGCCCACCCCCC